AGCUUGGUGAAGUCUGAUCUGGCUUCUCUAAAUGGUUUUGCUGUUGCCUAACCUGACCUGCUCACAUACCUUCCAGAAGACAAAGGCUGGUGGGCCCUAGAUCCAUCUACCAAUCAGAGAGUGGUGGCCAUGGAGAGGUUGGUGCAUGCAUGCGGCCCCCACCUGACAUGGAGGAACCUGUGUCGUCCUCUUCUUCGAUGGCUGGCCAUGGAAGUCUCUGUGAACAGAUUAAACCAGCUCGUAGGCAACCUGAGACAUAGCAUGUAACCAAAAUUGGACUCCGUCGCUUUCAUCCCAACCUCGUUCCCCAACUAUUCUUAGCCCUUCACCUCCACCCUCCACCCGCCUCCCCCUCCUCUCCCUCCUCCCAUCCCUUCUUCCAUCACCACCACAAUGCUGUCACAACCCAUCUGCAUUCCCAUCCCAGUCCGCGCCACUGCCGGUUGGACCACCCCAUAGGCUCCCUGGCGCCGCGCCAUGGCCGACCAGUCCGUGCCAUGGCCGCUGCAGCUCCUGACGCUCCUCCUCUCUCUCAUUCCGUGGCGGCACCCCGCGGGCGCGUCGGACGACGGUCGCAUUCUCCUCCAGUUCAAGGCGACGCUGUCCCCUGGCGUCGGCGGCGACGCUGUGCUGGCCACCUGGGUCGACACCCGCGGCCCGUGCAUCGAUCAGAACGUGUCGGCAUGGGCCGGCGUCUACUGCGAGAACGGGAAGGUGGCGACGCUGCAGCUCGAGAGCAUGAGCUUGUUGGGCGCGUUGGACCUCGACAUCCUCACGGGGUUGCCGAGCCUCCGCGCGCUCAGCUUCAGCAACAACAGCCUCGAGGGAGGGAUACCAGACUUCACGAAGCUGCCGGCGCUGAAGUCUCUGUACCUAUCGUGGAACCGGUUCUCCGGCGAGAUACCGGACGGCAUGUUCUCCACGAUGCGAGCGCUCAAGAAGGUGUGGCUGUCUCACAACAACUUCUCGGGGCCGAUCCCGACCUCUCUGACGGUGCCGGAGAAACUGAUGGAUCUGGGGCUGGACAGCAACAGCUUCGAGGGGCACCUACCGGAUCUCUGGCAGCCGGAGCUGCAAGUCGUCAACGUCUCCUACAACAACCUCGAGGGCCCGAUUCCGGUGAGGCUCAGCAAUAUGAGUGCAACCUUGUUUGAAGGCAACAAGAAUCUGUGUGGCCCGCCGCUGCUUGUCUCGUGCAAUCUACCAGAGAAGCAUAAGCUCGCGCCCGCUCUCCUCGUCGCUAUCAUUCUGAUCGCAGUCGCAGUCUUGUUAGCAGUCAUCGCACUCAUCGUCUUCCUCCUCCUCCGCCGCCGUAACAAAAAAGAAGAGACCACGGUGGACCGACCUCAAACCAGUACUAACUCCGAAAAGAUCGAGCACUUGGAGGCAGCAGCCGAUGCUGAGCUUGGAUCAGAAAAGCACCACGGGGGAGGGAAGAAGGCCCCUAAGAAGGAGCAGGGCAAGCUGUCGUUCGUUGUGGAGUGGAGGAGGAAGUUUGACAUGCAAGAUCUCCUCCGGGCCUCCGCUGAGGUCCUCGGCAGCGGAAACUUCGGGUCUUCCUACAAGGCGACCCUGGUCGACGGCCCUGCCGUCGUCGUCAAGCGGUUCAAGGAGAUGAAAGGAGUGGGGAGAGAAGACUUCCAAGAGCACAUGAGAAGGCUGGGGAGGUUGUCCCACCCCAACCUGCUUCCUCUGGUGGCCUACUACUACAAGAAGGAGGAGAAGCUGCUGAUCACUGAGUACAUCCCCAAUGGAAGCUUGGCCCACAUGCUACAUGGUAACCGCGGCUCGAAGCUUCCACCGCUCGACUGGCCGACGCGGUUGAAGAUAGUCAAAGGCGUCGCGAGAGGCCUCGCUUACCUCUACGACGAGCUCCCGAUGUUGACCGUCCCCCAUGGCCACCUCAAGUCCUCCAACGUGCUGCUUAGUUCCUCCUUUGAGCCCAUCCUCACAGACUACGCCCUCGUCCCGGUGAUGAAGAAGGCUGCCGCCUCUCAGGUCAUGGUGGCCUACAAGUCCCCGGAGUGCGCCCAACACGGCGAACCUUCCAAGAAAAGCGACGUGUGGAGCUUCGGAACGCUGAUACUCGAGAUCCUAACAGGUAAGUUUCCGGCGGAUCAUCUGGCGGAGGGGAGCGCCGGCGCGGACUUGGCGAGCUGGGUGAACACCGUCGCCGGAGAAGAGGGGACCAGCAAAGUGUUCGACAAGAACAUGGAGGGAACCAAGGACAGCGAGGGGGAGAUGUUGAAGCUGUUGAAGAUAGGUAUUGCGUGCUGUGAGGCAGAUGUCGACGAGAGGUGGGAGAUGAAGGAAGCGCUGGAGAAGAUCGAAGAGCUAAAGGAAAGAGAAGGUGGUACGGAGCGUCCUUUGAUCAGCAGCGAGGGCGACGGCUUCUCCUCGAAAGCCAUGGUGGAAAGAUGAGCUCUCUUUGUCAACGAAACUGAAGAAAUGACUCGAGGGGAAGACUUCAAAGAAAAGUGACACGAUUUACCUUUCCAUUCCAAACAUUUAAAAGCAGAUGUGGGUGAUUAGUGUUGUAGAUGUUUCUUGAUACAAGUGGAGUGUGUAAACUGAUCAAAUUUAUCUAUUUUUAAUAUGUUAAUUUAGGACAAAAUCACAUAUUUGUCUUUU